AUGACUCGCGAGUUGUACGCGGGCCACGAUCAACUUGUAAAAAUGCAGGUCUCUGAGACAUCAAUACAGCCGAUGGGUGCAGGAGACAGUGACACGGAUUCCCUAGAGAACGACACGUCCCCUCACUGGAGACAAAAUAAUCAUGACCUCAACACCAGCAGCUACAAUCCGGGUGACCUCAUGCUUCGGCAAGGGGGAGCAGCACUCAGGGCGAGAGAGGUACUUCGCAGCGUUAUUCUAGCUGCGUUAUACUAGCUCCCGCGUUAUUCUUUUAUUUUGAUAGCUUGCUUGUUUUUAGGUCUUAUCAAGGUCUUCCUUCGAAAACGUACAGGUACUUCAACAAGUAGUCCUUAUGAACGUGAGGAAAGUUAAUAUCUUACUUUGUCCCCAUGGCAUCAUUCAUGUUCUUGACCAUUUUCAUUGAGAAUUUGCCUCCCCGUCUCUCCACUUCCACCACGACCCAGACGAAGAGUCCUCUAGAUGAUGACCCUUUCUCCUCACUUUCCAUUCCUUUCUCUUCACAACCAGAUGAACAGUCCUCUGGAUGAUGGCCCAGUCUUUCAGAAGCCGAAGGAGGGCUCACUCGAGCCAAGGUUCGUCAAGAGGAGUUUCAAGGCGCCAGGCGGAGACGGAGAUGGCAGGUCUCUGGCAGGUUUCGGAGAAGGUGGACCUGGGCAGCACCUACCUCCAGGUCCUGCACCAACUGGAAAGAGGAAUAUCAUUAAGGCAGGAACGAGGUCCUUCUAGCUCUUUGUGUAGGUGUAGGACAUGGUGUUAGUUCUUCUCUAUUAAUGAAGAUUAGUCUUCAUGUUGAACAAUCCCAGCACCUCCUCUAAUUGCAAGAACUUGCGUGCGGAAGCGGAGCGGCGAGCAAGCAUGAUCCAAAACAACGAUGGUAUGAUACGGGGGAACGUGAUGGAGGAACAAGGAGAUCCUCACAGAGGACUCACAGAGGCAUCAGCAAACGGACCGACACAAAUGUCGGCGGGAGUGGCUGGGUACUGUUUCUUCCGUGACAGGAUUUGAUCUACUCUUUCAUCCACCACUCCUGUAACUACUUACAUAUUGUACCAUGAUGAUCACGCCGUUGAUCCACGUGCACCUCCUGCAGCUCCCAACCUCUACUUCAUACACAUGUCCAGGUUGUACGAGCAGGAGCCGUCUUACAGCAACGGGUCCUCGCAGGUCGUUGGAGUUCCAGUCUCGCAGCCGUACAACUACAACGACCCGGGUCCUCCGCAAGGCCAAAUGCAGCAACAGCCAUAUCAAAGCGCGGCACAGCCUAGCGGACCUAUCAUGACGGCUGGCGGAACGAUCGUAGAGGCUGACAUACACGUGGUGUCCGACAGCUCUUCAGAGGAAGACGGCGGCGAAGAAAAUCGUCGCAACAUAGUGCAGCAGAUGCAACAGCAGCCUGCAGCCCCAGAACCGCGUGUGGCCGCGAGUGAGGAGGAAGACGAACCCUCAGUGUCCACGCUUGACCGAGGAGGCGUCGGGAGAAGCAUGGAUGUGCAGCAAAACAGUGCGAUGCACCAGGCUGGGAUACAGAUGCACCAGGGAAAUCCCAUGCAGCAAGGCAUGAGAGGACACGAAAUGAGUCAGGUAGUGCAGCAGCAACAGCGUGUGCCUGUGGUGGACGUGCCGCCAGGCCACCAACUCAGCAAUGUACAAGGAGGAAAUACAAUUAUGUCACUUGUUCAGACUAAGCACCAAGAUAAUCACGCACUCAACAAGGGCGAGGUAUUGAUUUGACUCUAUUUCAAACAAUGUGAAGAAAACUUAGAUGCCAUCUUGGCAAUACUUCUCUUGAAUAUCCACUUCUAAGGAAAGUCCACUAUCGGAGAUGUCUCACGAGGUCAACGACGCUGGAGCACAGCACCAGGCAGCACUGGAGGAUAUGCAGAAGUGUUUGGAGACGAUGCGAACCAGUGCCCCUGCUCCGAAUACUACAGUUGUUAUGUUGGCGGGGAAGAAUUGGCUUUGGCUAGCGACCUAGACCUACUAGCAUUUUUGAAGUCGUAUUGUAAUUCCUGUUUUACUUGUUCUCGCAGCAUUUUCUCAGGGGGUUCCACCAUCCAAUUUAAUCAUUUGGGUCUUCGUAUAGCACUUUCUGAUUAAGUAGGUCUGAAAAAUUCAAUGUGUAAGAACUGUAAAUCAGUUGCGUAACGCCCUCCCUGCUCCGAUAGAGUGACAGAUACACAGCACAUAGAAGUAACCUCUAAUCACUGUUGGAUCUGUUUCGUCUUGUCGGUAAUCUAGGAGGAUUAAGUCAGACGCGAAUGAAUGAAGCCUCUAAUAUCCUUCGCAAUGGGAAAAUAGUUCCCAUUUUGCACGCAGCGAGACCUAUCCACAUGCCGCCAGAACGGUUUGGGUCUAGUAUCCACAUGCGCAAGGACUUCGUUAUGCAGCCUCUGCCUUUCGCAGAUCGACUCAGGACUUUGCAGGUACUGAUGUAUUAGGCACUGUCACUGUGUUUCGAGAAAUAUGGCCCGCUCUACCUCCAAGAUUUUUAAGCUCGUCUUCUUGAUGGGUAUCUCAACUAAAAACUCUACAACGAGGAGCACUCCUCUCGCACCACGAUCACCACCUAACAUUCUGCCAUACAACGCCAGGCCUGAUCCCAACUAAAAUCCUAUGACAAGAACGAGGAGCACUCGUCGCACUCCUCCCUCACCACGAUCACCACCUAACAUUCUGCCAUACAACGCCAGGCAUGAUCCCAACUAAAAUCCUAUGACAAGAACGAGGAGCACUCGUCGCACUCCUCCCUCACCACGAUCACCACCUAACAUUCUGCCACACAACGCCAGGCAUGAUCCCAACUAAAAUCCUAUGACAAGAACGAGGAGCACUCGUCGCACUCCUCCCUCACCACGAUCUUCACCAGGCCCGCGUAGUGCGUGUCCGUGACGGCUGGUCAGGGAAGCUGUUUCCGACGUAUCAUUUGUGCAUUCGCAAUGGUCCUGGAGCAGACGAGACCAUCUUGUUGGCCGCUCAGAAGCAAACAGGAAAGCGAUCGCUUAGCAGCUAUUACCUCAUCACCCUAGACCCACGGUGCUUCCAGAAGGGAGCCUCCACGUACGUAGCGAAACUCAGAGCCAACUUCUCGGGAACCGAGUAAAUAGAAAUACACAUUCACUAUGUAGAAGUAGAUACUGACUACGGUUGUUCAGUAGAGGAACCAACGUCCUCCAGAAAUUGAGUAUCAAACAAUCAGUCAAUGAACGAUAGGGAUGACAAGUAGCUACCACAGAACCGAGGCUCAAGAGGUACAACGUAAGUCAGCGCAUGGGCCCCAUCUACUACAUCUCUAACCACGACCUUUCUUUUCGUCUCUCAGGUAUACCCUCUUCUCCGACGGUGACAAUCCGAAAAAAGUGAAGAGUUUGCGAGGAAGCGAGAGCACCAUGUUUGAUCCAAGCGCUGUUAUUAGAGAAGAAAUGUUGGCGAUAAAAUUUUCGAAGCCAGGCAACGCACCAAGAAGAAUGGGGUGUGUUAUCCCAGGUACUUGAAUUAAUAUAGCUUGUAGUUGUAAUCGUACUUGUAGCUUGGAUAGUGUAUAGGAAGAGGAACAAAUAUACUUGCUUCACCUGUUAAUGUUGUUGUUUGAAGACCAAGACCUAGACUGGAUUCAAUGAUUUACGAUUACUUAUGUAUUGUCUCAAUUUCCCAGUCAAAAUAUAUCCCUGCUCCAUUCCAUUCCCCAGGUCCAUCUCCGAACAACCCUUAUGAGAGGCAGAUCUUUCGAUCGAAGCCUUAUACGAGUUUGAUCAACUAUGCGACGGGAAAGGAACCCGUAGAGGGCCAGGAUGGAAUCCGCUUUCUCAAGUUCCACAACAAAGUGCCAGUCUGGGAUGCAAGGAGGCAAACGUUUACGAUCAAUUUUUACGGUACUUCAUCAAUUUUUCCCUUCUGUUAGAACUAGAAGGUACCCCACGACCCACUACCCCUCUAGUGAUAUUCAUCAUUUAGGGCAUUGGUCAUUCAGGGCGUUGGAGUGCACCAGGUGGUCGACUGAAUGUUUCAUCUCCCCCUCCAAAGUUUCUUGGACAACAAUCAUCCUCCUGCUUCUACGCCACACUCCUACUUUGACCAACCUCUCUUCAGGUCGUGUCCGCUUACCCAGCAGUAAGAAUUUCCAAUUGGUGGAGAGUGAGGGGGAAGAUGCGCCGCCCGUGGUACAGUUUGGUCGGUGGUUCGACGAUGUCUUCCACCUAGAUGGAAUGUGGCCUUUCUCUGUGGUGCAGGUCUUCGCUCUAGCGCUUUCGACUUUCGACACAAGACUGCAGGAAACGUUCAAGAUGACGUACUAGCUGAAGAGCUGUAUAAUCUUCUUAUAAUCUUCUUUGUAAGUAGAAGAUCUCGAUAAACAAGAGUAAGAGGUGGUCGGGACGAGACAAAACGGACGAGAAGGAGAAGAAUUACCGAAGUAGAAUAGACAUCGGAGCUUCAAUGGGACAAAUGAAAAGACGAAAAUCGAAAUUCCUAGGUCAACAAUUACAUGUUUACGACGUUCAAAAAUCGACAAAGGUUUGCAAAAGAUUAGCACGCUUAGAGCAUUGCAUUUUCAUUCUUCUUGGAGGUUAUGGUUAAUUUAUAGGAGGUUCUUUUUUGACAAGAAACAGAUGAAAGUAGACUGACACGACUUCACGACCACGCGAAUAGGUUGACAGAAAUGUUGAAGUUGUUAGUUACUAGGGUUAUAUUGUAGUUUCCUCUUCGUGAAUAAUGAUGUUGCGGAUGCUGAAGAAGGGUGUAUCUUGUACAGAACUAGGCUAGAAUCCUAGUCUUGCGAAGCGAGCUAGCAUGAUGGCAACAUAGUGAUAACCUGAGAAUUGGACAUCAACGAUGAUGCAUCGACUAUCUAGGUAGACGACUGACUAGUUGAUGCUUGUAAAGGAUAAAGAAGUUGUUGUAACAUCUUUUCUGUGGUGGAGGACCACGGUAUGAAGAUAAAAAAUAUCAAUAUUGUUGUCGCGUCGUCGUGGGGACUAGCUCUCGCACGACUAGCGCAUCAAGUGAAGAACCUAUGCAUCCAUCAUAGAAAAAUUCAUCAGAACUACAUAAGGUAUGAACAGAGAAAACGAAAAACAGAUAGCCUUCGUUAAGUCUUUACUAUAUUUUGGGAAAGAGCAGGUCCGAGGAAUUCAAGAUGCUACAACAAAAAAUUGUAUCUGUAUCUGACGUUGUCAAAUUAAAGAUUGGUUGUAUUCUCGUGGCCGUGGUGUGUAGCGAUUCACUUUCCUGUACCUAGCUGUAUCUAAAAAUAUUUAGCUUGUCUCCAACAUAGUUGUACUGCUUAGAAAUUAGCUACAACAAAAAAUCUUUGUGAUGUUUCAGAAGAACUACCGCAAAGCAUAAGAAAUUUGGCCAAUAAACCAGAACCACACGACGACGACAUCAACUUCAACAAAGAAAAUCGCGCAACUGCAGAGCUGUUUUGAUGUUUUCGACGAAACUAUUAUACAACAGAUGAUGAUGUUGAACAGAAAGUGAAGUCAUAAUAAUUUUUUAUAUGCAGAGCUUGCUAGCUUCUUCCAUGGAUCCGCGAAGAUGAAUGCCUCCAAGAUGAAUGAGUCUACCGAAAACUACGCGGUAGGGGAACGCAUAACCGUCUCCUUGCGAAAGAAGGAGCGCGCUGUUAAAAAUAAGCUGGACUAGGUCACGCCUAGAAAAUCUUCUUGUGCUACGUGAGGUUGCAGCAGCAACUUUUCCGUUCAUGAUGAAAGAAUGAAUCGCUUGUUCUUCUUUCCAUCUGCACAUGGCAGUCUGCGCUGAACUUUGGGCGAGAUUCAUACAUCGUAUUGUAUAGCAUGAUCGUAGAG